AUGGCAUUGCCCAUGAGGAGCUUGGUCACUGACCCUGCCAGAUACCUCCAGUGUUUCCGCCUCUUCCUGGAGAAUUCAACUGAGCACCAGUGCAUGCAGGAGCUGGUGGAGAGGCAGCUGCCGGCUGUGGUAGCAAGUAUUGGAAAUGGGAAGUCUACAAUCAAUAUUUUAAGUGUUGGUGGUGGAGCAGGUGAGAUGGACCUGCAGAUCCUCUCAAAAGUACAAGCCAGAUAUCCAGGAGUCACCAUCAACAACGAAGUGAUAGAACCAAGUGCUGGCCAAAUCAUGAAGUACAAAGAGAGUGUGGCUGAGACAUCAAAGCUCAAGAACGUAAAGUUUACCUGGCAUGAGGAAACAGCUUAUGAAUAUGAAAGUCGAAUGAAGAAGUGUAAAAAAUGGGACUUAAUUCACAUGAUCCAGAUGUUAUAUUAUGUGGAAGAUAUCCUGGCGACUAUCCGAUAUUUCCACAGCCUCCUGGAAGCACAGGGCAAGCUCCUCAUCAUCCACUCAUCAGGAACCAGUGGCUGGGAGACACUGUGGAAGAAGUAUGGGCCUUCCUUUCCCAGAGAUGCUCUCUGUGUUUAUGUUUCCUCUGCUGACAUCAAAAGGAUACUGGAUUCAGCUGGGCUGAAGUAUCAGCUGCAUGAUCUCCCAUCCCAUCUGGACAUAACAAGCUGUUUUAUUGAGGGCAACAAGGAUGGGGAGCUGUUGCUGGAUUUCCUGACAGCAACUUGUGAGUUUUCUAAAACUGCUCCUCCUGAACUAAAGCAUCAGGUAAUAGAAGAAUUAAGAAAGCCUGAAUGCAGUGAGGAAAAGGAUGGGAAGGUGCUUUUUAGAAACAACCUGAGUUUAAUAGUGAUUGAGCCAUGA